AUGUUGACUAGAAGCAUUAUCGGCAGGGGCCUGUUAGGUUUGACACACAGCUUUAGUCCUGUCAGAGCUCUUCUGCUCAAACCAAAUUUUUCCAAGCUCAAGUUGCGUGAGCAGCCUCCUGGAAACAUUGUGGGGACGGUCAACGAGGCCUCAGAAAUUCCACUCGUUAGUCCGUACGAAAGUAACUAUCACUGGACUUACGAGAGGAUUUUGUCUUUUGGACUUGUGCCAAUGACAGUGUUCCCAUUUAUAAUGGGAGUCGAAUAUCCUUAUGUUGAUACUGCGUUCUGCUUGACUCUCUUGUUCCACUCUCACUGUGGAAUCAAGUCAUGUAUCAUUGACUACAUACCCGAGCGAGUGUAUGGAUUUUGGCACAAGGCAGCGGCCAAGUUGUUGACGCUAGGAUCAUUUAUGUCAAUGUAUGGUAUCUAUGUCAUUGAGACUUCUGAAAACGGGCUUUUCGAUCUCAUUUCGAGGCUAUGGUCUGCCUAG